AUGCCUACACUCAGUGUAUAUAUGCCGUACACUAGUGUGAACUCUACACAGUCUUCCCUUAGCUCUGGUCAAGUGUUGAUCAGAAAAUUUAAUUCAAUUGAAGACGUGAUAAAAGAUGGCAGAAAUCAGAUGAAGACUAUUAUGAAGGAAAACUCAAUUCCAGGAACUGUAAUUGGGUUUAGUAUUAACGGCACAAAUGUGUGGACCGAAGGGUUUGGUUAUACGGAUGUCGAGAACGAUGUCAUCACUCAUAAGGACUCGAUCUGGCGUUUGGCCAGUAUUUCAAAACCUUUGACUUCAGCACUGAUUGGACGGCUUAUGGACAAGAAAUUGAUUGAUCUCAACCACGAUAUCCACACAUAUUUGUCACCGGAUUUCUAUCCUUAUAAAACAUUUAAUGGAUCGGCAGUUAAUAUAACGGUUCGUGAAGUGAUGUCACAUAUGGCUGGACUUCAUUUCAGUAAUUUUCCCGAAGAUUUUGUUCAUGUCUUUCGAGCCGUAAAUGUGAGCCAAACUAUUGCACAAUUUAAAGACGAGAAGUUGCUAUCAAAACCUAACACCAAAUGGAGUUAUUCAAACUAUGGCUACCAAAUGGUCGGCGCUAUCAUUGAAGCCGUGCUUAACAGCACUUAUGAUAAAGAAAUUGAGAAAAUGUUUCGACAAUUAAAUAUGAAUUCAACUUUUGUUGAGAAAAGGGAAGCAAUUUAUAAACACAGACCACAGUAUUAUACGAAUACAACUAAAUUAGAAAAAUCAGAUAUUGUUGACGAGUUGGUCACAUAUGAAGGCAAUUGGCCGGCAGGCGGUAUAAUAGCAACAGCCAGUGAUCUGUUAAGGUUUGGAAAUGCAAUGAUAUCUGCAAAUAAUGGCAAACAAAAAGAUUUCUUAAGCAAAGAAACAGUGAAAGAGUUGUGGACUCCGGAGACUAUCGGCAAAAUUAAACCCAUAGAAUUGGGGAAAGAUGAUUAUGCUAAAGGAUGGUUCGUAACAAAUAUUCCCGAAUCAGAUCCAUAUCCUUAUAAGACAAUUAUCUUACACUCGGGAGGACUCUCUGGCACUUCAACAUGGCUUAUACUGUUUCCUAAACAAAAUAUAGUGGGCGUUGCCUUCGCUAAUAGGGGCGUGACUUACGAUGGCAGAAAUCAGAUGAAAGAAAUGAUGGAAAAGCAGUCAAUUCCCGGAACUGUUAUUGGGUUUAGUAUUAACGGCACAAAUGUGUGGACCGAAGGGUUUGGUUAUACGGAUGUCGAGAACGAUGUCACCACUCAUAAGGACUCCGUUUGGCGUUUGUGUAGUAUUUCUAAAUCCUUGACUUCAGCACUGAUUGGACGGCUUAUGGACAAGAAGUUGAUUGAUCUCAACCACGAUAUCCACACAUAUUUGUCACCGGAUUUCUAUCCCUAUAAGACAUUCAACGGAUCGGCGGUUAAUAUAACGGUUCGGGAAGUAAUGGCACAUUUGGCUGGUCUUGGAGAUGUAAAAUUUUUAAGUGAGAAAACAGUGAAAGAGUUGUGGACUCCGGAGACUAUCGGCAAAAUUAAACCCAAAGAUUGGAUCCAACACUUGGGUCCUUUUGAAUAUGCCAAAGCGUGGUUUAUUAAGACUAUCGCUGAAUCGGAUCCCUAUCCAUAUAAGACAAUAAUGUGGCAUGGUGGCAAUCUGGACGGCGUUACCACAAUGCUUUUAUUGUUUCCCAAACAGAAUAUAGUGGGCGUUGUAUUCACUAAUAAAGAGCUAAGGGAAGACUGUGUAGAGUUCACACUAGUGUACGGCAUAUAUACACUGAGUGUAGGCAUAGUGUAUGGUCCGCAGGACUGGGCGGUGGUUAUGCAACCACUGUAG